AUGUCUAGUGACACUAAAUCAGAGGAUGAAUACUUCGAUUUUAAUGGUAUAUUUCCCGAAUGUACAGAUGGUUUCGACUGGGAUACAGGGGCAUUUAGAGGUCGGGGAGAUGCUAAUAAAUUCACAACUUUGUGUAGUGGCCUUAAUUUAAAAUUAACAACUGAAAAUAGAUCCACAGAAUUUUCAGAACUAUGUCGCGUUCUUGGUUUAUAUUUAAAGCAUAUAGAAACAAAUAAAAAUGAACAUGCGCAAAGGUGUUGUAAAUUAUUCUAUUAUAAUUUAAAAAAAGAUAUAAUAGAUAAUUUUACAUUAAAAUAUACUGGUUCUGAAAAUUGUUAUAGGAUAAUGACAGAAUACAGAAGAGAUAAUUUAGACACUCAAAUAUCUAGUAUAUGUUUGGAUCAUUUUGUCAAUAUUGGUAAUGAUACAUUUAAAAUAAUGAAAAAUCUUUUUGAAAUAUAUAAGUACAUUAAUCUUUUUGAAACUCAGCCAAUUCAGAGGACCACUACAAAUAUGCAUAAAUUUAAAAGCUCCAUAGAAAAAUUAGAAACACAUCUUUAUAAGUAUAAAAAUCAACUUAAGUUAGAACUCGAAAAAAUUAUUAAAAGAUGUGAAGGCUAUAAAAAAAAUUGGAAGACUGUACUGACUGGCGUGCAUGCCUCAUAUCACUUAUAUGAUAAAUGGAUAGAAGAAAGAAGAAUUAAAAUCAAUGAGGAAAAUGCGGGAGCAAAAAAGAGUAAUGAGGGACACGGAGAAACACUGAAAACCAAUGUAUUAAGACCUAAAGUCUUAAUGCACACUGGGGUAGACGUGGAAACACACACAGGAAUAAGUGUUGGAAUGAUUUUUAUAACUUUUUCUUUAUUAAUAAUUAUGUUUAUUUUGUAUAAAUAUACCCCUCAUUUUUCGUUUUUAAAACCAAGGGUAAGGAAAUUAAGAAGGGUGUUGAAAAAAAAUAACAAGAAAAACCUUGGUCUUAUGGACACAUUUGAUUUUGAAUACAAAAAUUCUUUAGAUGAUAUGUAUAAAAUAGCAUAUAGUUAA